AUGAUUCAUGGUCUUUGUGGAGAUUGGUGUUUAGACAAAAAUGGCAAAUGCUCGAAAAAUUUUCCAAAACCAUUUCAUGAAGAAACAAAUAUGGAUGAGGACGGAUAUCCACAUUAUAAGCGACGCAAUGCUGCAACUUACAAACGUCGUGAUGGUCAUGAUGCAGCGAUUGUUGUGAUUCAAGAAACAGAAAGCAAUGAUAACCAAGAAGUUGGUGUUCUUGAACAUGAUGAAAUUAAAACUUACAUUGAAACUCGCUACGUUAGCCCACCUGAAGCAUGUGGGCGAAUUUUAAGCAAUAAUUUGCAAGGCAAAAGUCAUUCAAUUUAUCGACUGCCUAUUCAUUUGCCGAACCAGCAAACAAUUGUGGUAGAUAAUGUGAAUGAUCAGAAUUCAGUUAUGUCUGCAUUAAACCGGUCCAAAGAACUUACAGAAUACUUCAAAUUGAAUAAACCAUGUUUAUCAUUGGGAUUAAUAGAAGAUGAUGAUGAGUGGAAUAAUACUAUGCAUGAAGCAGGAGUUUGGAUGAUGCCAAGACAAUUAAGGCAAUUGUUUGUACGAAUCCUGAUUCAUUGUCAACCUUUGCGACCUGAAGAAUUAUGGGAAGAAUUCAAAGUUGCUUUGUCUCAAGAUUAUUCAAAAACAAUGUCUGAAAAUCUGGCACAAAAGAAAGCGUAUAUACAGAUUAAUACGUUGCUUAAUGCUGAAAAUUCAAGUCUAACAUAUUUUCCAUCAAUGUUACAAAUAACAGAAACUGAAGUGGACAUUGAGAAUGAAAUAUUUCAUGAACAGCAUCAAGCAAUUGCUACAUUGUUGCCUGGAGGUAAAACCGUUCAUAGAACUUUUAAAUUACUAAUUGCAAUUUAUAGCGAUUCAUCUUUAACUAUUAAAGCACAAUCAAAAGAAGCAGAAUAUUUAAAAAGCAUAGACGUAUUUUUUUGGGAUGAAGCACCAAUGGCUCCAAGGCAUGCUUUGCAAUUAGUGGAUAGAAAUUUUAGAGAUAUUAUGAACAGUGACAAACCGUUUGGGGUUGGAAAUGGGACAGCUAAUCACAAUGAAAAUGAUUUAAAAAUACCUGAAAAUUGUAUAGCUCCUCCAAAUACAAAUAUUGCAGAAGACAUCUACAAAGAGGUAAUUGUUAACAAACAAUUUGAUAAGUUAACUACAAUGGCAAUAUUAUCAGCUCGAAAUAUUGACGUAGAUGACAUCAAUAAAUCAGUUAUUGAACUAUUAGAUAUAUCAACAGAAAAACUAUAUACAAGUAUAAAUACUGUUAAAAACUGCGAUAACAAUGAAAUUGGUGAAGCUUUUCUACCUGAAUAUUUGGAAACAUUAAAUCCUCCAAAUUUACCACCACAUGAAUUGAGAUUGAGAGUUAAUACUGUAUUAUGUUAA